AUGGCAACACCACGAAGAAGUAAUAAUACAAGUUUAUCCUCAAGUAUAGAUGAACGUCGUCAAGUACAAGCUCGAAUACGUGCGCUUCAGCAGCGAACAAAUGCUUUGAAUGAAGAAUUAUCUCGUUCAUCAUCAGUUGCUAAAACAGCUGUUCAUGAUGUUGAACGAGCUUAUAUGAGAAUAACAAAUGAAUACCGAGAACAACGUGAUCAACUUUUACAAAAUCUUUAUCAUGUCAAUAAAAAUAUCAAAGAAUCAACAAAUGAGCUUGAUGGUAUACGUAAAAGUUUAAGUACAGCUCAAUCAUUUCAUUUACCAUUAAUUUCACCAAGAUAUUCAACUGAUUAUGAAACACAUGAAAUGAAUGCUAUGGUUGAUGAUAUUGAACGUGUACUCAAUAAAAUAUCACAACAACUUAAACAAUUUCAUUUUAUACCUUCACAUGGUCAUGCAAUGGGUAAAAUACUUGGUACAAUACGUGUUAAAAAUACUAAUUCUAAAGAAACAGGAUUAACAUCACCAGAAUCUUAUAUGGAUCAAUAUUAUUCAACAGAUAUACUAUGUGUUUAUAAACUUUAUACAGUUGAUUUAGAUAUAUCUGCAAAAUGGGUUAUAUCAACAAUAGAACAACGAAUAUUUUUAUGUGAUAUUGAAGGUGAAGUACGUAUAUUUUCAUAUUCACGUCAUUUUCGUCGACAACCUUUAUUAAGAGAACGUUUUCAUUUGUCUAAUAUACGUUUAAUAUCAUCAUUUACAGCAACACAAGAUUAUUUAAUUGCAUUUGAAAUUGAUACACAAAUUUUAACAUUACAUACACAUCAUGGAGCAUUAAUAUUACGUUUAUUUUUUCCAUACGAUCCACUUAUGAUAGUUCGUUGUGAUUAUCAUAAAAAAAAUCAAAUAUGGACAUGUAGUCGUACAAAACGACAAUGUUAUCAAUUUAACAUAAAUCAUAAAAUAAAACAAGUUAAUCUUUUAGAUCAAUUAGAUUUUACAAAACCAAUAUCAAAUAUUUUAAUUGAUCCUAUUGGAAUAUCAUGUGAUGAACAAGAACGUGUUGCUGUACAUGAUGUUAAUAUGACAACAACUGAUCGUUUAUUACUUUUUUCGAAUAAUCAAAAUACGAUAAUACCACUUGAUUUUGUAAAAUAUUUUGAUAAACUAUUAUCAUCACGUAUUGAACGUGUCUUACUUGUACCAAAACAAUCAAAUUUAAUUGUUAUUAUUUAUGUUCCACAAUCAUCAACAACAAAUGUACAUGAAAUAGUUAUUGUUGAUAUUAGUUUACAACCAGCACAAAUAGUUCAUUGUUUAUCUGAACCAAAUGGUAUACAAAGUAUAGAUGUAACAUCAAAUGGUGAAUUAGUUUAUACAGUUACAACACCAACAAAUAAACGAACACCACCAAAAAUGCAUAUUUAUACUAUAUGGAUUGAAUACCAUCGUUAUAGGAUUUCAAAAUUACUCCGAACUCGUACAAAAGAUUCAUCUAACAUAACAUCUUCAUAUGAAAAUAUUAGAUGUUUUUCUCUUAAAUUGACAUCCACACUCACAACGGAUGUGAUAACCAAUGGAGAUAAAUUUAAACAUACUGUAUAUAGUCAAGGAAUUUGUGGUAAUCUCCAAAUUCUACCUACGAAACGAUCAUGCACACCAUUUUUACAUAUACAUCCUUAUCAAACAGAAAUAUUUACUAUUCUUCAAGGUCAUUUCUCUUAUCAAUAUGGUGAUGAAAUAUAUUCGUGUGAUAUUCAUACAUGUCCAUCACCUAUUAUUAUUCAUCCAAAUAUUCCUCAUACAUUUUGGAUGAAUGAUAAUAAAGAAGAUCUUAUUUUAAUUGUUCGUAUUGAACCAACAUAUAAAGACCGUGGUCUAUCAGCUAAAUCAUUUGAAAAUAUAGUUGGUGUUGUUCGUGAUAAAUAUAUGACUAUAUGGCAAGCAUUCGUAUUUGUCGAUAAUAUUGAAACAUAUCCUAUAUUUUUACCAUUACCGUUUGUAAAAAUAAUAAUUAAAAUUGAUUCUUUAAUUGAACAAUUACUUGGUUAUCAAACAGAAUAUGAAGAAUAUACAACAAAAUAA